AUGAAGUUCCAGUUCAAACUGUGGAUUCUAAUCUGCGUAAAUGUGUACAUUAAGAUUCUGGGACUUGUGCACUCACUUCACAUUAGAAGUCCUUGUAACUAUAUUAACACAUCAUCCUUCCCCAGACACUUGGCGUUAUCUACCAGUAACCCCUUGAACAAUAAAAGUUUUCCCCCGUUACAAGAGAAAUUUUCUUCUCUAAUAUUUAAGUACUCCCCGAACUCUAUUUUUAACAUUUUAAAUAAUAAUAUUUGUGACACUAAUGUAGUAGAAAGUAGUCUUAAACGGUUUGUAAGGGGAAAGUAUAAUAAUAAAUCGCAAUAUUUGUUUAUAAGUAGUAACAAUAUAUACAACAACGCCAGAAUAAAGCCAUUGAGAGAAAGAAUAAAAAAUGAUGAUUACACAUAUUAUGACCCAUACGAUGAAGAUUUUGAAAAAUUCGAUGAGGAUGAUGAGGAUUAUGAAGACGAUGAGGAGGAAGAAUCUGAAGAACGUCGUUUGAAGAGAUUGAAGGAGCGGGAUAGUGAUAAACGUAGGUUAAUAGGGGUUUACAAGAAUGAAAUGGAUAAGUUGAUAGAACUGUAUAAUAAAGCGCAACGUUUGUAUGAUGAGUGCGGAGAUUAUGAAAAGGUGUGUGAGGAGUUGAACCUCGAACCUUCAGUAGAGAUUUCAGACGACACACUCGUGUGUCUUGCGAGGAGUCUACUGAACAGACCACCUCCACCUAGGGAUUACUUUGGCCGAAUGAUGUACGAGUUAGGCUUUCUUAUGAUUUACAAUAACAUAAAGAAGCUGAAAAACAACUUUAUACGGACCCUAGAAGACAGACUUUCAGGAAAACCUGAGGAAGAUUUUAAAAGAAACCAAGAGUACGUGUUUGGAAUAGAGCCUCUGAACUUUGGAGAAAAGGUUGAACCGCUCUCGGAGGGUUGUCUGAGGGGAUUACUGCAUGAAAGUUACUUUGAGCACUUGGAACAGAUGGCAAAGUACAACCCGAAAAGAGCACAGAAAAUAUUAACAGUGAUUCACAGAAUACAUAAACAGACUAAAUUAAUCUCAGACAUCGACGAAGAUGCAAACGAUGAUCAGAUUGUGGAAGAUGUGGAUAAUAUAGCAACGGCAGAAUCGGAGGCAUACAAGGACUUUUUGACGAAUUAUCCAGACUUAAAGUGGCCAACAAACGAUGAUGAUUUCUUGAACCUGUACUCAGCCUGGUAUGACCCGAAUGUGGAAACCAGCUUAAGAUUGUCGAGAAUAAUAAAGGAAAAUUAUCUUGAUAACUUGAAGCCAGAGUCAAACAAUAUGGUCAAACACAUACUAAACCCUAUAAUGAGUUUCGUGAUAGGAUAUACACUUGGCAAAGGAUCAGAAAAAGGAAUUGACUAUUUAUUUGACAUGAACCCAGAGUUGAUGGACUUUUUAUUUAGGCAUAAGGGUAAACUAAAGUACAUAUUUUGGGCUCUGUCAUACUUAGUUUUAGCAGACCAAAAGGAACAAGUUGACUACUUUUCAGAAGUACUGAAGAUUUUAUAUUCAGAUACGCAAACACUGGAAAAUCAAUCAAUGAACGCAUUAAUGGAAAGAGUAUGUAAAGGACUAGGAUCAGAAAAUAGUGUAGAAAGUAUGAUAAAGAGUCCAUCUGGUACUGUUGAUAGUGAUGUGGAUGGCGGCUCAGAAAUGUUUGAUGUGAUAACAAGAAUAAGAAGAGAUAAUUUCAGUAAGCUGGCAGACGCAAAUAAUAUAAGUCAUCACAAUCUGAGACUAUAUAUGGAAAAGGUUUCAACACUGCUAACAUUUAAGUCCUUUUUAAACUUUUUAAACGUCUUCUCAUUUAAUAAGUUCAAAAACCCAAUGGAGAAAAACAAUGAGGAUUAUCUACAUUUGCAGCUUACAAAUAUCAAAGAGGAGGAGCCAGAUUUAACAGAUAUUAAAGUACCUGGGUAUGAAGAGUUUUCUGAAGACAGGUUUCUUGAUCCCAACGAAACUGAAGAGGAAGAGUUUGUAGAUUUCGAUCCUGAGAAUAUGUUUAAUAAGUUCUGUAUCAUGGAAUCUGAAGGAGAUGGCGAUGUGGCAACUGGAUUAAGACAGCUUAUAACGAGUUUAAGGUACAUAAAUGCAAUCAGUUUACCAAUAUCAAAGACAAGUGUGUAUAGACUAAUAUAUGCAGUUGGGUGCUACUUGGCAGUGAUGGAUCAUUUGCCAAGCACCUACGGAAAGGAAGUGCUAGGGUAUUACAUUUCAGGGGAGGAUUUCAUAGCUAAUAACAUGACUCCGGAAGAUGAUUAUUCUAGGUUGUACAAUCUCGUUGACAAGGAGUUGGGGCUCCCACCACCCAAUGUUAAAAGAUACCGGUUCAACGCAAUGCUGAUGACGUUUUUCAUGGUACAGAUCUUCACAGACUUCGAGCCGUUUGUGACAGUCACAACACCAAAGGACUUUGGUUAUGAAAUUGAGAAGGACUUGCACCUGUUCAAGAGCAUGGGAGUGAGUGACGAACAAAUACAACGAUUCAGAGAAUCUCCGAUCAUGCCUUCACAGCUAGAUAGAAUUGAAGACUGGGCAGAGGAAUUACAGAAUAACAGAGGUCGAAUUAAGAAACACAAUAUUAAGUAUAAAUAUGGAAUAGUGCCAUUUGAUGAGAUUUUUGGCGAAACCGCGGAAGAGAAAAAGAAGAGAGAAACUUACGAGGUUGAGAACUUGAGAGAUGAUUUGCUGAGCUUGUAUUCAAAGACAGAUUAUAUUCCUGAGAUCAUCAAGGGUAUUUCAAAGGUGUUUUACGUAUCAGAGCGGUUCCUACUGAACAACUACCCGAAAUUCUUUGUUAACCUGGUCUCCAAUAUUAUAUACAAGGGUCUGACCCAGGAAAAUAACAAAUUUGAACACUAUUUGGCACUGCUGAACGUGUCGAAAAAUGAGGUCACAGUUAAUAAGAUAAGGAAUAGAAUAAUGGAAAUACACUUUUACCACAUGAAUAAGAAGUAUGGUGUGGAUGGUAAGAAUGUAGCAGGAGUGUCAGAAAACAUAAGGGAAGUGUACUCUGAUAUAAAGGAAAUGUCUAGUAAGUUAGAGCUGGAUGAGGAAGUGUUUCUGAAUUAUUUCAGAAUUUACACCUUCUUGUGCCUGAUGCAGGACUUAUCGAAGAUUGACUUGACGAGGGUAUUGAAGAGUGAUUUGGAGAAGGUUAAAUUGAAGUAUGAAAGUAACGAUAUAGUAUUUAUUAAUUCGAUUUGUGAAUUGAUAAAGGAGAAGGUGUACGAUUCUAAGAAGUCACUGCUUGAAGCGACUGAGUUGGAGGAUUUCUACCUCGUUGAAAAACACAUGCAAGCACUUUUGGACAUGAAGAGAUCAGUGACGACUGCAGUUUCAGCUCUGGUAGACCCGAAGUACAUGUACAGAAUAGAAAGAGCAUUCCAGCACAAUAUGUUAUUUAAGCCUAAGAAAUUUACAUGUCAUGAAAUCAUAGGAACAUUUGAUAUAUUUAACACUCUAGGAUCCAGUGAUGAGAGUUCUGAGGAGGAUAACUUUAAAAAAUCCAUUGAAACUACUCUUUCUCAAGAUUUUUCUGAAACCCCCGCAGAAAAUUUAGAUGAUAAUUUUUCCGAUAAUUUGGCCCGGAAAUUCCCCGAAAAAUCCCAUAACAAAGUUAUACUGGAAAAUUAUUAUGGGAUUAAGGAUAAGGAUCGGCUUAAGGAGCUUAAAGGGGAUUGGGAGUUGAUGGAGAAGGAAGAUACGCUGUCAUAUUGCCAGAAGAUGAAGAUGAAGGAGAAGAUUUUGGAGAAGAAACUACUGAGACCGUUACCCUUGUAUGGAAUUGACACGCGUUCUACAUAUCCUGAGCGUAUUGCUAUAGAAAAGUUGGUGGAAGAGGGUAAAGUGCCGCCUUUGUUCAAGGAGAUCCCAUCUGAGUUCCACGUCGGACACAGACCUGUUGACCCAGAGUACGAAGCCUCAAAGACCGUUUUAGUUGAUAAGGAGAAGGAUAGAAAGGCAAUUUUAGAUUCUCAGAUUAUCUACAAGGCUUGGGUUAUUUACAAUUACCGUAAAAGAGGAAACACCCUACACCAAACCAAGAACUUUCUAUCCAUUUUCCCAUCCACAAAACUACUUGUUGAGAAUGGAUAUAAUGAUUGGAAGUAUGUGUAUAUAAGGAAUUGUUUAAGAAAUGAUGAUAUAAACUCAAAUAGAGAUUGGAAUAGAGAAUUGAAUGUCGAUAACCCGAAUAGUGAGAAAUUAGAUGAGGAAACCACAAAGAUAUGUGAAAGAUGCUAUGAGGAGGAGGUUCUGAGAUUGACAAAUGCUCCAAUAGAUGAUGUCGCAGACGAUAUUGGGAACACAACUGACUUCUUUUUCGACCCCUUUUAUCCGUCAGUGGUGAGGAGAAUCAACUACGUAUUCACAAUCGAGGAACCAACAGAUAAGCAACUGCAACAACUCGAAAAGAUACAAAAAUUUCUCAAACUUUCAGACAGAUCCGUGGAAAUCGUACACGCUAAAUGCUUUUCAUAUAUUUUCUAUAAUCAUGUGAAGAAUAUGAUUAAAGAACAUGAGGGCCAGAAGUUGAAAGACAUAGUUACCAAGUAUAUCAAACCAUUCGCUCACAGAUUAAAGAUAUCACAGAUGGGUUAUAACAUUGUACUGAACGAGGUGGUGUAUGACCAUUUGAACAUUAUUUUCUUUAAAUUAUUUGAUAAAUGCCAAAUUGGACCAGAAGUGCUCAGGAAUGUAGACCGAUUCUUCAAGAUUUGUGACGACUAUGAGAUCACUUCUGAGCAUUCCAAGUUCUCGUUUGGGCUAAACACAUUUUACGACACUGCAGAAGUGGUUGAAAAGUUUAUCUUCUCAUCAGUUGACUCUGACCAGCUAGUGGAUAUGGAUAAGCUGGAACGCUUGUGUAACUUAAUUGGGUUAAAGGGAGAAGAAAGAAGAAAGUACCUUGAAAAAAGAGGAAUCGAAUUCUACUUCAAGUACAUGGUUGACCACUACAAAGAUAACAUCUUCCUUGAAACCUUUGACGAUUUAAAGAACUUGCACCACGUCUACGGACUCAAUGAAAAGCAUUUCAAGCAACUCAUUUAUAGAUACCGACUGAUGAGAGUAUUGGAUGCUUAUAGUGGGGAUGCUGGUUUGAAGGACUUCGAUAGGUGUGUGGAAGUGUUGAUGGAUUCAAAUAUUAGCAAGUACAUUGAACUGGACAGGAACAUGAGAGUAAACUGGCUGAUUAACAUAAUGAAUGACCUGCUAAAGGAGAACAAGUACAACAUUGACCCUUACUUGGUCCUUAAUAAGAAUAUGACAGACAUAGUAAACACUUCAGAAGGUUCAGAGAACGGAGAAAUAAUAGAUUUAAUCAAACUGGCCUGUGAAAAGCUCCUGAUUAAGGAUGACGAAAUUAUGGAGGCUUUCUUCUUCCACGUUCAUGAAAAUAUAGACUACAUUGUGUACAGAUUAAACAAGUUCAUCAAGGGCACCACAGGUCCGAAACCAGUAAAAGAGGAGGAUGAGAAGGGUACUUCAAAAGAGGCAGCUAAGGAAGGGUACGGUGUAGAAACGGAAGGUGAAACUAAGUUGUAUGACUUAGUUUCUGAGCUGAUUAAGAUAAUUUCACUGACUCCAAAGGAUAUGACUAACGUCAUCAGGGAUAAGAUUAACAUUAAAGAUGUAGAACCCAUCAAAAAGAUACUGAUUCAGAACUCGCACUCCAGUGAUGAGCUCGCUGGGACUCUAAAACUUGUAGAUAUAUUCCUUGAAAAGUGACUUCAACACACUAAUAAUGUUACAAUACUCUAUAUACACAUGUGCAUAUACUAUCAAGUAUAACAUAGUGUAUAGUACCCUUAAAGUAUAUACCAUAUGGUAUAAUGCAU